CGCGAUUCUCUGCAAAAACGACACAAGUGUCGAUACGAGGCUUCAAAGAGAUACGCUACGGAGCUUUGAUAUAAAUCGUAAAAGUAGUGCUUAAGAUUAUAAUUUUUCAGUCAUGGGGAAGUCGUUUGCCAAUUUUAUGUGUAAGAAAGAUUUUCACCCUGCGUCGAAGUCAAAUAUCAAGAAAGUAUGGAUAGCAGAACAGAAACUGACUUUCGAAAAGAAGAAACAAGAAGAACUUAUGCAGGCGUACCUGAAAGAACAGGACACUUACAACAACAGAUUGUUGAUGGGGGAUGAUCGUGUUAAAAAUGGUCUCAAUUUUAUGUAUGAGGCUCCACCUGGAGCUUCCAAAGAGGAAAAGAAAGAGGAGGGAGAAGCGGAGUACAAAUUUGAGUGGCAGAAGGUGGCUCCUCGUGAGAAGUAUGCAAAGGAUGACAUGAAUAUCAGAGAUCAGCCUUUUGGAAUCCAGGUGCGCAACGUGAGGUGCAUCAAGUGUCACAAAUGGGGCCACGUGAACACGGACAGAGAGUGCCCUCUUUAUGGGCUCUCGGGUAUCAAUGCCAGCACUGUGGCUCCAGAGGAAGCAGCAGGUCCGUCGAUGCACCCCUCGGAGUUAAUGGCAGAGAUGCGAAACAGUGGGUUUGCCCUGAAAAAGUGUGUCCUUGAUAGAAAUGCUACUGUUUGUGAUCCAUCGCAGGUAUAUGUUGCCAGUGAGGAAGAGGAGGAUCCUGAAGUGGAGUUUCUGAAAUCAUUAACCACCAAACAAAAACAGAAGCUGCUCAGAAAACUUGAUCAUCUAGAAAAGCAGAAGUUCAAGAAAAAGAAGAGCAAGAAAGAGAAGAAGACAAAGAAGAAGAGCAAAGGCAAACACAAGAAAACGCGUGAGAGCAGUGAGUCAUCUGAUGACAGCAGUGACAGCCGCUCCGAUUCGAGCAGCCACGGCAAGUUCAAGAGCCGAAAGAGAAAACACAAGGACAAAGAAGCUCGUCGGGACAGCAGCUCUGAGAGCGAGACACGAGUCGAGACUCGGAAAAAGUCCUGUUCUCACAGCCACGGGUCACCGAGUCCUUGCCGCAGACAGAGGCAGCCUGGAGAGGAGCGUGGAGAUUACAGACAAAAGAGGACAGAGAGGGGAAGGAGUAGGAGCAGGGAGAGAAGUCCCCAGGACAAAAACAAGGUGGAGAGAGGUCAGGAGAGACCGAGACACAACAGUCGGGACAGACAUAGACCAAGCAGCUCAAAGCCUGCUUUGGACAGCUGCUGUGAGAGCGGCAGGGAGGACAGAGGAAAAGACAGGCGUCACAGCAGAGAUGCUGAGAAGGACAGAAACAGCACAGAUGGAAUAAAAGGCAGACGUGCAGAUGGGAGGAGCAGAAGCAGAGAGAGGAGGAAGGAAAGAAGCAGGAGUAAAGACAGAAGAGAGAAAAGCCAAGACGGGGCUAAAAGACAGUAACGUUUUAUUUUCUUGCACAGCUAAACAUGAAAAUGUCAUUUGUACUGACAACUUUCAUGGUGUAAAUU